AAUGAUGUCAUUUUCAAUCGACCGACAGACAGCAAGUGACAAAAUGGCUGCCCCCGGAGACGGAUCAAAACAUAAGUGGAUUUUGCAUGUUUAAUAGAUAUUUCUCAAACACCAAUAUGACAAUGCUCACAGGCAGGCACGUUAUCCGAAUGACUAUAAAUGAAGUUAGUCGCUAUGGUCUUCUAUGAUCGAAUUUGAUGUGGUAUGCUUUGGGUCAUGAGGGUGUUCCUUUCUUUUCUAGAUGAUUCUAAAUCGGAAUAUUUCUGUCCGCCGAAAGGACACCAGAGUCCAUGUCAUGAUUGUGUUUGUAUGAUUCCUAAUGACACAGAAGCUGCCAUUUCAUUGUGCUGAGAGAUGCAGCUAUUUUUAUAUCUUGCCUUGAUAUUCAGUGUGAGCUUGCCUGCGUGCCUGCAUGCGUGAGGGCGGCAACUUCCCUCCAGGCUUUGUGGGAGACCUACCUACCUACCUACCUACCUUCCUACCUACCUUCCUACCUACCUUCCUACCUACCUUCCUACCUACCUACCUUCCUACCUACCUUCCUUCCAGACACACUCAUAUCGCAAAGUUCAUCCGACGCCAUGACACGACAACCUCGUCGGGGUGAGAAAACAAAACACGCCGAGAACUCCAAGCAUUCCACACGGGAGGAGACACAGACGAUGCGUAGACACAACAAGCCUGACCUUCCACGACCCGCCCAAAAUGUACACAAAUAGUAACAUGCAAUUACAAUAUCUUCUUUUUAAUGACGUGCGUACUUUUUUAUUUUGCUAUAUUUAAACGCAGUGUCCUUGUAAAACAGAAAGAUCUUGUCGAUUUGACACACCACAGAGAAGGCCGCUUUUGCCAAAUUGGAAUGACAAACCAAUGGCCACCCACAAAGUGUUGUUACGUGACCAUAUAAGGAAAGAGGAAGUCGGAAGAAUGAAGGUGGGAAGGCCAAAACGUUGCCAGCCAUAAUGGCCAGGAGAGGUCAGACGGAAUAAAUAAAUGGGAUAUAAACUGCUUAGCAUUCCUUAUUGCUGCUUUUUCAGCUUUGGGGAUGCUAAAUGUGUUUGUUGCCCCCGGCCGGGCUUGUUAAUCAUUACACACACACACACACACACACACACAAAGGGAAGGCAAGGCAAGGCAAGGCAAGGUAUAUAAAGGCCACGGGCGCGCCAUGCACAAUCCCAGCAGAAGUUAAGCCAGCACAGCACAGCACAGCACCGCACAAUCUCCUUCUCUCACACUUGUCGGACUAGCAAACUUGCCGGCGGCGGCGGCGGCGGCGCACGCUCUUUGUCCUAGGAUAUGAACACCUUCGUCCUCACCUGCCUCCUCUGCUUGGUACUUUUCAGUGUUCUGGCCACUCAGGCAUCUGAGGCGUCGUCCUCGGGUGAGCUCAGCAGCGGAACCGUGGGCUCGGCCUCAGGGGAGGUCCUCCGGGUUCUACAAGGCCAUGCCGACGGCGACUAUGAGGAACUGGCAGCGGUUGAUGACAAGAAGAAGAGAAGGGGCAAAGGCAAGAAGAAGAACAAGCAGAAAAGCAGGAGCACCACUGCGCUCAACCCCGAGCACUCUUUCUCCACUCAAGGCCGCACCUCCGCCAUGGAGACCACCGAGGACCCCUGCAACUCCACCCACCUGGACUACUGCAUCCAUGGCUACUGCCAGCGCAUGGAGGGCCUGCAGGAGCCCGUGUGCAUCUGCAUGAAGGGCUACGACGGCGAGCGCUGCGGGAUCCAAACCUUGGGAAUCCUCAGGACCAAGUCGGAGCGCAGCGGCGACAUGGAGUGGCUCCAGAUGGCCUUGGUCGUCACGGCCGUGGUUCUGUCUUUGAUCAGCUGCGCCGCCGUCCUGCUCAUGGCCUGCGCGCAUUACAGGUGGCAUAAAAACUUCCUGGCGUCCUACCUGGGCAGCUGGUCGGAGCAGCAGAAGCUGCACAAAGCCGCCAGCGACGUGGUGGUGUGAGAAAGCCAGAGAGGCAGCCAGAGAGGCAGAGGUCAAUUGGGAAAGAGCAAAUGGCAAAUGGCAAAUGGGUGGUUGGUAAACGAGCGCGUCGCACCAAGUCGAAUGCUCCGUUUCUCUUGUCUGUCUGUCCACGGUGGCAUCGCAGACGAGCAGAUGCGCAAGAUUGAAUAAAUGCUUCAUUAGAUGCAAUGUCAACUGUCUGUCCACUAUUUGUUUGCGUUUAAUUUAUUUGCUGUGAUUAUUUAUCUCCAUGCCUGUUUAUUCUUAUUAUGACACAAAUGUCUGUAUGUGGGGAUGGAUGUUGAGCAUUCAGUCAACAGACAGCGUUCGUUCGUUCGUUCCUUCGUUCGUUCGUUGUUUGUCUGUUCAUUCAUUUAUUUAUUUAUUUAUUUAUUGUACUGCUCUUGUGAUAACUGUCGUCAUCUCCAAAUGAGAUUUCAACCACAAUAAAGCCUCCGCCGUGCUACUUGG